AUGCCAGAAACGACAGCGUCCGAGACCUUCUCCGUCGACCUCGAACGGGCCCGCGGCCUCGUCAGCGGGCGCGUAGACGAGCUGAGCGACGCCCUGCGCCACCAGAUCAGCAAAGUCCUCCACGCCAACCCGGAGCUCUGCUUCAAGGAGUUUAUCGCGCACGACACGCUGACGUCGUACCUGGACAAGCUGGACUUCGUCGUCGAGCGCAGCGCGUACGGGCUCGAGACCAGCUUCGAGGCCUCGGUCGGCGAGCGCGGCCGCCAAGUUGUCGUGUGCUGCGAAUACGACGCGCUGCCCAAGAUCGGCCAUGCCUGCGGCCACAACCUCAUCGCCGUUUCGUCUCUGGCGGCCUUUCUGGCGGCGGCCCAUGCCAUGUCGGCCCUCAAGCUGCCGGGGCGUCUGCGUAUACUCGGUACGCCGGCCGAGGAGGGCGGUGGAGGCAAGGCUGUCCUGAUCGACAAGGGGGCCUUUAACCCGCCAGGCGACAUCGCCGCCGCCAUCAUGGCCCAUCCCAUGCCCCAGCACGCUCUGGGCCCUUCGGGUGCCGGCUACUCGGGGCUGGCGGGCCUCUUGUUCCUCGCCAGCCACAAGUUCCGCGUCGAGUUUCAUGGCCAGACGGCGCACGCGGCUGGUGAGCCGUGGAACGGAACAAACGCCCUGGAUGCCGCCGUGGCCGCCUACAACAACGUCGCCAUUCUGCGGCAGCAGAUCCGGCCAGACGAGAGGAUCCACACCGUCAUCGAGGAGGGGGGUCUCGCGCCCAAUGUCAUCCCUGACUAUACUCGAAUGCACUGGGGCGUCAGGGCCCCCUCCAUGAGACGCUCCGAGAAGCUGUUUGAGAGGGUCAAGAAGUGCAUAGAAGCCGCUGCAUUGGCAACUGGCUGCACUCAUAAUAUCACCAUGUUCCCGACGUACCUCAACCUCAGAGCCAACGAUACCCUCUGCAAGACAUAUGUCGAGGAAAUGGCCCAGGUCGGCGAAAAGGUGCAGCUGCACCAGGACAAGCCGUACACGGCGUCGACAGACAUGGGCAACGUAUCGCACACGGUCCCCAGCUUCCACGGGACGUUCAAUCUCCCAACGGUCCCAGACGUUGCCAUUCACAGCCCGCGGUUUGCCGAGGCGGCAGCCACCGACGGCGCUCAUGCUGCUGCCAUGAAGUGUGCCAAGGGUAUGGCUAUGCUGGCGCUGCGUGUUCUCGCCGACGGCGGCGUGGCGGACGGAUCGCGCCGUGACUUUCAGCAGCCGGAUGAGCUGGAUUGA